CGCACAUUCCUAUACAGAAUGUUGCAAGACGUGAUUCACCAGACGUCGUCGGAGCAGCUUCCACUCGACGAUGUGUCGAGCCCGAUCAACGCUCAGCUCCUGGAGUUCUGCGAAUCGGACUUCUUCCAGGAGACAAUGCAGAACUCGGAUGGUACAUCGAGCUCCAAUAACGGCUGCUACGACGAGAAUUCUCCAUACACAACAAACCUAUCCUUGCCUCCUGAUUUGGAGAAGUACAACAACAACAUCAACAACAACACUGGGCAAGACACCAAUAUUGGCAACACAACAACAACACCCACUAGCACUAACAACAACAACAACAAUAACAACAACAACAACAAUGGUUCAACGAGUAGCAACACAAGCACCACCAGCGCCGGCACAGCGCCAAACACCACCAACAACAGCAGCAACCUCUCCUCCAUACUGUUCGACCCGCAAGACGAGCUCGACAACGACAUCUCUGCCUCCAUCGACUUCUCCUCUUCCCCUGCAGCCUUCUCUGUCCCUCCAUUCUCCCACCACAACAACAACUUCGACUUCACAUCCAUUCACCCACAGCACCACGCCUUCAAUCACCAUAGCCAUAACCCCCAACUCCUGAUCCCCUCGCUCUUCGAAGAAGAUUGCUUGUCCUCUGUCCCAUCCUACGCCCAAUUCAAUCCGGCUUCCCCUUCUUCCUCGUUCUUGGCGACUAACUUCACCACCUUCAUGCCUUCAGCCGCCGACAACACCGGGAACAUUUUCGCUAGCGGGAUUUACAUGGGCAGCGAUCAGUUGUUGCAGACUCAGGAGCUAGAUUACCAAGGGGACAAUGGUGGUGGAAUCUACUGCCCAUCCGACUCUCGCGUUUUCAACACAGCCGACCUUCAGGUACACACGAAAACAGAGCAAUCCCACUUCUCUACGCCAUUGGCGACGGAGUUGGCGAGUUUGGAGGAUUCGAGCUUCAAAGUAGGGAAGCUAUCGGUGGAGCAGAGGAAGGAGAAGAUUCAUAGGUACAUGAAGAAGAGGAACGAGAGGAACUUCAGCAAGAAAAUCAAGGUUGUGUUGCAGUAUGCUUGCCGGAAGACGCUGGCAGACAGCAGGCCGCGAGUCAGGGGAAGGUUCGCGAAGAACGACGAUUUCGGAGAAACCAACAGAGCUGCCUGCAGCAACCAUGAAGAAGAAGAGGACGAUGAAGUAGUAGCAGUGAAAGAAGAGGAAGAGAUGGUGGACUCCAUGUUUGCACACAUCAAUGAAAUGAACUCCUUCAACAAAUGCAACUACUCGAUCCAAUCAUUGAUAUAACAACAACACAGUUCAUCAGUUUACAUAAACCCUAAUGCAAAUUUUUGAGGACCCUUUUCCAUCAUCAGCCAGGGGAAGACAGUACAGGAUUUUCAGUAGCUGGGGGGGAGGAGAUAUUGUAAUUUGAGUUUAAGGAGAUGUGAUUAAGCUCUCCCCUCCUCUGGCUUUGAACUGAAAGUAUAGGGUCAGUAAUUAAUUAUACUUUUUAACUUUAAUUAAUAUACAAAGAGAUUAAGUCAGG